AUGGAUAACUUUGAGGAAGAUCCUGCCGCCGAUUUUUUGGCCAGAGAGCAAGAUGAUCUCGCGGAGUUAGGAGAGGAUUUUGGCGGCGGAGGAGCCGAGACAAACGUAAGUUAAGUAACGCCCUGGUCUGAGUAAAUUUUAGGGACAGAACAGGCAGACUUUUUCUGAUAUUGGCAACGAAGUACUCGGACAUGUUGUAGCGUCUUUUAAAGAACAUACAUCAGCGUUUGAUGUAAAAUAUUAUGGUUAAAAGCUAGCUAUUCUCAUUAAUUUGUAUUUAGUUGUCGUGUUCUGCUUAAAUUGUAAUUUCUUAUACUUAUUAGACUUAGAAAUUACAGGCAGAUGGAGAACUUUUUUAAAUUUCUGUAGUUUAAUCAUUUGGUCUUAAUACCGUAUUUGUCACCACCUAGCACCUAAGGGAGGGUAAUCUAAAACAGUUUUAAAAUUGAAACCAUAGCUAUUUGUAACGUUAAAUCGUGUAGAUGUUCGUCGAGAAUAAAAAUAAACUUCACGCUACAACGAAUGUAUCAAAAUGCUGCAAAUUAUCAUCAAGACUUCUCUUAGUUCCGUGAUUAUGAACAUCACAAUUUGAAAAUAAGAGCUACCUGGUUAAUCUACCUGAAAAGUUACCUUCUUUUUCUUGUUAUAACGCAUUUUUUUGCAGUUUUUAUUUUUGUUGAACUAGGGUUUUAAACGAUAAAAUAUUAAAGCAAGGCCUUAUCACUUAUUGACCGUGCUUAAUCGCUUGAAUUUAAUUUUUAAUUUUCAUGAUAUUUGUAUCUGUUGAAGUAAAAAGAGUUCUGUCAAGCGUCUUUCAAAUGUUUACAGACAUGUUACUUGUUUUACUAGCAUUCAAUGGAAACUUUUGGCAGUUGACCAUUGUGUAAUUUGAAUGCUAAAUUGAAGAGAAUGUAAGAGUUACCUGCAAAAAGUGGAUGUUUAACAAAGUUUAAAUAUAUAUAUAUAUUUUUGCACUGCAGGGAUUAGAUGGGUUUGGAGACAGUGGGUUAGACACAUUGGAUAAUGAACCAGUUGUCAAUGGGUUCGCUGAAGAGGUAUUUGUAAACUGGCUCUAUAAGACUCCAAACCUGUAUUACUUGCGAUAUUAGAGAGAUUAAGAUUCACUUUUACAGCAAAUGGCAAACGUCAGACUCAGUUGAGAAUUCCUCAGAAUAGAAAAUAAGCAGAUAAAAACAGUCCCGAACGAUUCCUACAGUUAAAACUGGCGAAAACUACUUAUUUUUCGUGUAGAAGCAAUAAAGAGUACACAGAAAGUAAGGGGAAAACUUGGUCACGUGGUACAAAUUCACGUCUGCCGUUUGGCGUAAACGCUAAUCUUAAUCUCUCUAGUGGUGUGCUAAUCAUUGCAUAGAAACCACAGGCGUGCGAGGUGAGAAUUGAUUAUGGAAAUUGUUCACCCUGUUAUCGUGGAAAAUCAGAAAAGUUAUUUUAGUCAAAAAAAUAUCAAAACUUGUAUUUUGGACUCAAAAUAUACGCAGCAGAAUGGUCAUAAAAUGCUGAUUCUCUGGAUUGAUCUGCAAGGGUUUUGUUACUCAAGGUUGCAUAGCACCAAGAGUCAUAAUCUGCGAACGUUUUUUCUUCUUUUUAUAAAUACUUGAGAUGUCAAUGAUUUAACCUUCAACUACUCGAGGCAACUUCAACUACUCAUCUGAUGUUACGUAUAUGUGUCAUGGAUGUUUUUAUAAGAGUAGCUUUGUACUUGACUGUCACACACUCUACUUGCAGCACUUCAUCGGCCAAUGGAAAUUACUAUGUCUAGUCUACAAAUUGAACUAGUCUAUUUAUUUUCGAAGUUCUCUAGUUUGGGAAAUGUAUAUUUAUUUUUCAUACUGAAGUCUUCAUUGAUGUUUCCCUGAUAUCGUAGUGGUAUUGCCUUUGAUCGUGGAAGAUUACUGUACUUGAAAUUACCGCAUUAUUGCCUAGACAUCAUUGGAAAUUUCACUUUAGUUUUAUAAAAUGUAACGAUCGAACCAUAAUCUUCAGUCCAGUUUAAGUUUAGUAUGACUAUUCUAUGUACCAUAAGGCAGUCAGUAGUUACUGUGUAACCUAUGCCUGGCUGCACACUGGCUCCUUAAGAAUUUAUCUCCUCCUCAUUUCUUAUCUAAUCUCCCAGCAACCUCUAGGUAACACUUUAAGAGUGUCUCCUUUCCUAUACAUUGUUGUGCAUUAACAAAAGUGGUCCACAGUCAAAAGGCUUUAAAGUUUAUAUUGCUUUGACGUGCCCCCAAGCAGGAAUUCUUAUUGAAACCAAGAGGGAGUUCAACAAGACAAAGUGUGACCCUUAUAAUGUGGAGGCCAUCAGAACGCCAGUUCAAAUUAUUAUUGAUCAGUUGGGUCAAUCCGAUUAUUUUGAUUGUUGAUUGGGUGAUUCCAGAAAAUAUCCAUACCAUACCACAGACUUAUUUUGUAUUUAUUGAGACGAACUUACAAUGUAGGCAAAUACAUGUAGCUGAUAUUUGUCUCUGGUGAGAUGAACAUUCAUGUAGCUACUGACAUUCAUUUUCCAUUUACAACAGAGUUCUCAUCAGCCAGUUGCCCAGCUUCAGAGAGAAUCCGAACCAGAAUCUGUUAGGUAAGUUUUUUUGCCAUGUUCUUAUCAGUUCACAGGGUUUAUCAUGUUGGGGCACUUACAAAAAGAAGGACAAAAUUACUCUGUAACACAUGAACGUUUUGCUAUAUACUGUACUGUUUGAAUGGUCAAAAUUUAGGAUAAAGUUGGAAAGUUUUAAGUUGCAGAGAUGUUUCUAAAGCGGAGAAUGGGAAAAUGAAAAAUGGGAAUUCAGCGUAACUUGAACCCUAGCCCUAUCAGUAACUUGAAUUGUAAUUCUUUGUUUUGUUCUCAAUUUUCAUUUAUGAUUUUCCCAUUCCCUGUGAUUUGUUCCCCCAAUCCCUGUUCCCCAUUUCCUGUUUUAGUAACACCCAAGUUGCAGUCAUCUGGUCUGUAGUUAAAGGCUUUUACCUUGCCUUAUGCUAAAGGAUAGUUUGGUCAUGCCAUAAUCAAAAACAUACAUGUCUGUCUCUCUCACAUGGAACCUAGAAUCAUCUUGUAGUAUAGUAAAACACACACUGUCUUUUACUUCAGUAUACUUCAAAGGUGCCAUGUUUUGCUAGAAGACUUUCAUUUGUCAAGUAUUGCAAAAGGAGCUUGAGAAUAAUGUAAUAUUACUUUUGUCAUGCAUGUAACAAGAGAAUGGGACAAAAGAAGAAAUAUUAGUCCCAGCUUAGUGCAUACAGACUCAUGACAUCUCAGACAUGGGUCAGGAGCUUUAAAAGGACUUGCUGUAAAUACAUCUACAAAUCAGUAGACUGGAGAACAUGUCUAGGCAACACUGUAGGGUUGACUGACAGCCUAAUUAAUACAAUGUUAUUGUUGUUGUAUACUGACAUUUUUAAGUUUCAGGUCACUAAGUCUAACUGUGAGGUAGAAGUUUUAUUAUAAUGUUGAUACUAAUUAAGCACCAUAAACAGCAGGUUGUCCUUUAUAGCAAAUCCUGCUUGGCAUAAAUCUGCUUGGUGCAAGAGCAAUUCUCAAGUGAUAACUGCCGCACCCUCUCUACCCUUGGGAGGUGUGGUUUUAAUACUUGUGGACAUGUUGUUGUCUUUAAAAUUAAUAGAGACCUUUAGAUUCUAAGAUGAGUAUGACAACAAGUUCGAGAUUUUCUCAAUACUAAGUAGUACUUGCCUGUGAACCAGCGUCAUUUUGGGGGGAAAACGAGGUAGCCGUCAUCACUCUACUAGAAGUUUUAGCGAGAAUGUUGUGGUGGCGAAAACAAGAUAACAAAUGUUAGAAGUUUGAUCAUUUUGCGAUCAGGAGAGGGUGUAACCUCCUUCACUAAAGGUAACAGUUAUAACUUUUGUAAUGAAAAAUGGCUUUCUGGAGAGUCCAUAUUUUGAGAAUAGAUGAAAAAACUUUAAGUCAAAUUUUGUACAAGUUUGUAGUCGUCCUCGUCCGUGAAUCUAAAGGUCUCUAAUUUUUAUCCACAAAAAGGAAAGGAAUUACAAUUUUUUUGAAAUAAUAUAUCUCAUUUCAGGAAAUGGAGGGAAGAAAAGGCUGCCCUCCUCAGUAAAAUGGAUAGUGAAGAAAAAGAGCAAAUAGAGGAAUGGCGUGAAAAAGCUAAAAAGGAACUUCAUGACUGGUAUGAAAGACGAGAUGAACAGUUAGGAAAAACACAAACAAGUAAUAGGUAUGUUUUUUUUUGCCACGGUUUUCUUCUUGGUACAGUGGGUAUUUCUUUUAUAUUUUUUGUAAUAACAAGCUAUGGCUGUAUAAUACAUGUAUGUGUCAAAUUUUGGGAUUUUACGUAGAGCUUCUCAAAACCAAAUCAUUUUGGCUUGAACAGUACUGUGAUGUAACUCAAAAGACAUGUAGUGAGUAAUAUGGAAUCUCUUUUGAUAAGUAAAGAUGGUAAAUUUUAAGCUCAGUGAGGAAAUGAGAAAUAAUGUGAUCAGCCUGUCAUGAGCGCAGGACAAAGAAAAAAUCUGAGUUACCGACAGGAAUUAAACCUACAACCUGUAUGACCUUCUGUCAACCUGUCAGAUGCUCUAACCACUGAGGUACAAAGCACUUGUGGCAAGCUGGGCCAUGUACAAGGUUCAAAUAUGAUAUGCGUCCCGUGUACUGCUAGGAUCAGCAGUGUCUAAAUCGUCAUGUGUGUGUUACGUACAUGCACUUGGGAAGUUUCUUGUAUGCUUCUUUCAUACAUGACUUAACAACCUCCCAGCUCUAGAUUCACCCUUCAGUUUGUAUUGUACAUGUAUAUGCUUGUGAUAAAAGGGAGAAUUUGACUUCGGAUCAAGACUGACUUAAGGCGAGUUCAAUUGACAGUAUUCCAGACUCCAGAGAUGAUUUGUUUUGGCAGUCAUUGCAUUGCAAUGUUUGUAAAUGUGCUUAAAAUAAAAUAUUGCAAUGUGUGUAGUGUUUCAUUGGUCCAAAAGUCAUGGUAAGUUAUUGUCGAUGAUGUGGGAAGUGGUUGCCCAGUCUCCAAACUAGUAGCUCGUGUAUAAAGUGCCCGACCAAAGCCAAGAGAAUACAUUUCACCCAGAAUACAAGUAUUAACCCUUUAAGCCCCAAUAUCCACAAACAAAUUCUCCAAACUGAUCUCUAUACAUUUCCUUACAGAAUUAGUUGGGAGAAUUGAUAAAAGAUAAGAGAUUUUUCUCUUUGUGAUCAUUUGAUUAAUUCUCAUAGAUGUUACACUUGACAAUCUAUGGAUAUUGUUGGGAGAAAAUUGAUGUUGGUCACUAUUGGAACUUAACAAAACACAGGGUUAACAAAACAUUUGCGUGUUUCUGUUUCAGAAUAGGCUCAAUCGAACACACCCUUAGGGUCUACUUCUACCUGCCCCUUUAUUCAUUUGUGAAAAAAAGCUUAGUUUUUUUUGGAAUCUCCUUGCAGGGCAGACGAGGAGGCUUUUGUCUCAGACCGUGAUGAUACUUCCUCGACUGGGCAUGACUGGGAACGUGUGUGCCGCAACUGUGAUUUCAAUCCCAAGGGAACAAAAAAUACUAAGGAUGUAUCACGCAUGCGUUCAAUCUUCUUGCAGCUAAAGCAAACACCUCUUGCGAAGGAUUAAACUUUGCUUCUCUUAGGUCAAUUGUAAAUGGAUUAUUUUUUAAUCAUCUCAUGAGUUCAAGCCCUGGCUAAGUCAGGAAGAAACUGUAAUCUUAGUUUCAGCUACUGCUUAUCAGUAUUAUUAUCAUGUUGGUUAUUUACCAUUAACCAAAAGAAAAUGGAAAUUGUUUUUGGAAUAUAAAUGGAACAUGCUUUCUAAGCUCUCCCCUGUGGAUAAUUUUCGAGAGUAUAGCUGAUGUGAGAAUUUCCUUCAUCUCCUAUGAAUACUUAGGGCUAGGAAACAGGAAAUUGUGAAUCAAACUAAGUUGAAUACUGAUUUAACCUGAAAUCAAUUUUUCCUACAACAUAGCCACUUCGGGAAAGAAGUAUUUGUGGUCAGAACAUUCCAAAUGGGUCUUUUUGUUUCAUUAACAAUUUUGGGUGGUACAUGGAUGACUUGAGAUCAAGCUCCAUUUUGUUUUUCUUGGUAAAUAAAAUUAUAGAAUUAGCGCUAACACGUUCUAAAAUUUGUCGUGAUCUCGGGUAAGUAAAUGGAAAGUGUUCUUAAACGAAAAUAACCAAUUGAGAUUUCCAAAUAUGUUUUGUGAAUGGUAAACAACUGUGUUUUUUUUUUGUGUGUACUUUGUUUAAUGAUCAAGAACAAGAAGGUAGAGGAACUUUUUGGUCUAAAAUUAACGUGAGAAAAUUAACUGUUUACUUGAGACUUAGGUGUGGAGAAAAACCGUUUUUUGUGGGUUUGUCGAUUAACUCCUGCAUUUACUUAUGAUCUUCUCUUCUUUUAACAAUUCUCUGAGAUUUCAUUACUGCAAUUCAAUACCUUUUUAUAUCAUGCAUUUUGUAUGGCACUGGCUUAGCUUGAUUGUUCUCACCCGAAGAGAGGCAAACAAUGGAGCUUUUUACCAAUGUCACUCGAGCAAUUUUUAAACGUGAAAAUAUUAAUUUCUUCAUAGAUAAAUCGUCAUAUAUGAAUUAAGGAAACCUGCAAAGUUUUGUUAAAAUCGGUGUUAAACUCUUAGAAACAUGAGAUCCCAAAUUUGCGGAGUCAAAGAUGCAUGAGUCAGCAAUCGUGCUUCUCGCAUACCAUGAUUUCUCUAUAUAAGUAUUUGCAACUUUAGGCUUUCACAUUUUCGAGAGUGCGCAUUUUUUUGUGGCGUCGCAGUUUCACCAAAUUCAGUGUGAUAAAUUGAUCUAUGAAGAAAUAUCUUUGUUUCACUAAAAAGCAUUAACAGUAAUUAUACCCUGAGAAAGUGGCUGACAUUUCGAGACGCCACUAUUGGUUUCCCCGCGAAAUGACUUUUGAGGAACGAGCGCAGAAAUUCCAUACUGAUGACGUGUCACUACCCAGAUUUGGGUAGUGCUUCUGAUUGGUUAAAGCAAAUUCCUCUUGCGGCACAUCCAAUCAGAAGCACUACCCAGAUCUGGGUAGUGACACGUCAUCAGUAUGGAAUUUUUGCACUCGUUCCUCAGACGUCAUUUCGCAGGAAACCAGUGGUGACGUCGCGAUAUGUCUGGUGUUUUCUCAGGUUAUAAAAAUUGCAAUCUUGUAGACAGUAUAGCAUCAGUAAAAAGGUCCAUUUGAAGGGACGGAUACGUAGAAAGAGAGAAUGAUAUAUUUAAUGAAAUUGUCACUCCGCUAACGUUUUCUUGCUAAUACGUCCGCUGAUUCAUCAAGAACAUUGUGAUCCAUGUAAUCCCAAAAUCAACCAAACAAUUCCUUGUCUAGCAAUGUUACUGAAUUUUUCAGUAGAACAAACAAUUUCGAAAUAAGAGCAUUAGAAGCAAACAUAGCUUGAAUUGUACUAGAAAACCCAGCGUAACUGGUAUUAAAAGGUAGUAGAAAAUAACGAUAGUUUUCCUUUGUUUGAGUAUAUAUGUUGUUAGGGCUGGAAAUCACCAAGUUAUCUGGCUUUUCCGGCUUCCGCGUAGCCUGCGAAACAAGCUUUUUUGCGCGAGGUCCUCAAGAAGGUCGGGACACAAGUUUAUCAGUCCCUGUUAUAACUGUCACGUGUUCACUUAAAUAAAGAGUCU